AUGGUGGUUGUGGAUUGUCUUUGGAAUAAUUACAGGUUCUCGGUGGCGAUUGUCCAUGGUUCUAACGACUAUAUUCAAAGACGUCAUCUUUGGAGGGACAUUCUUGGUUUGACUACUGGUCCUACUAUUGUUGCUGGGGAUUUUAACGCCGUUAAGGGAGCUCAUGAGCGUAGCAGUGAUUGCCUCCCGAAUGCGGCUUCUUGUCAAGACUUCUGUGAGUUCAUUGCGAGAUCUAGACUGAUUGAAUCGCCGUCUGUGGGCCUCAAGUUUACCUGGUCUGGUCGGAAAUUCAUGCCUUCCCAUGUGGAAUCUCUCUUGGAUAGGGUGCUUUACUCGGAAGAUUUUGCUGAUCUUUGGAGUUCCAUCUAUACUCAAAAUCUCCCUCGUUUGACUUCGGACCAUUCCCCUUUGGUGUUACGGUGUGUUAAUAAUCACCAGGGAGGUCCGAGAUUCUUUAAAUUUUUGUAUAUGUGGACGAUGCACAGUUCCUUUCAGGAUUUUGUUCGCAGCUCGUGGAUGAAUGGGGUUGAUACUCGUUGUCCCAUUUAUUUAGUGAUGAUUAAACUUAAACGUCUAAGGGAAGAGUUGAAAAUUUGGAAUAAGACAGUUUUUGGUAAUGUUGACAUUAUAGUUUCUGACACUCAAAAGAAGUUACUGGAGAUUCAGAACCACAUUGCUAUCUCUGGCUAUACCCCGGAGUUAUUUGAUCAAGAGGUGGCGAUGCAAGCUAAAGUGGGCACGGCUUUGGCAAGGAAAAAUGCGCUGCUCCAGCAAAAAUGUAGGGCCGACUGGCUCACCGACGGGGAUCGUAAUUCGGCGUUUUUUCAUGCUAUGUUAAGGUACAAGAAGAAGCCUCAUAUUAUCUCUCAUUUGUCGAUCCAGGGAGAUCCGGAGUAUGACCAGGAACGUAUCAGUCAACAUAUUGUGGAUUAUUUCUCAACUCUGUUCGAAGAUGAGCCACAUGAUCCGAUUGACAUCACUAUGAUAGAGGCGGUUAUUGAUCCUGUCAUCUCCGAUGAUCAGAAUCAAAUGCUGGUCCGUACGCCUAGUGAAGAAGAAAUCACGGCUGCCGUGUUUGGAAUGGAUUCAAAUAGUUCUUCGGGGCCUGAUGGUUUUCCCGGAAAAUUUUUUCAGAGUUGUUGGCCGAUUAUAAAAGGGGAUAUAUGGCAGGCGGUACGUACGUUUUUUGUGAAAUCCUAUCUGCCGUCGGGUUGUAAUUCCAGUACCAUGGUCCUGUUACCCAAAAAAGAUGUGGUGAAUACGACAGCUGAUCUACGACCGAUCGUGCUCUCAAAUUUCUUCUUCAAAAUUAUCUCUAAAAUUCUGGCUACGCGGCUGGGGGAGAUUGCUUCAGUCGUGGUUGGUCCUCACCAAUUUGGUUUCAUUAGUGGGAGGUCCAUUCAUGAUUGUAUCAUGUUGGGUUCGGAAGGCGUCAAUUGCUUGAAGAGAACUAACAAUGGUGUCAAUAUGGCUUGUAAAAUUGAUAUCAGAAAAGCGUUUGACACUCUAAGAUGGGAUUUCUUGCUCUUGGUUCUUAAAGUGAGAGGUUAUGACGCUAUUUUUAUUCGUUGGAUUGAGAUUAUCCUACACUCUGCUCGUCUCUCCAUUCUUUACAAUGGACGAUUGCAUGGGUAUUUUGCUUGCUCCAGGGGUGUUAGGCAGGGCGAUCCGCUCUCUCCGAUUCUCUUUGGAAUUGCCGAGGAUUUUCUCAGUGUUCUUUUCCAGAAUUGUGUUAUGUCUAGACAUCUUUCUCCUAUGUCUAUGAGUAGGGAAAAUCCUUUUCCUACUCAUUUGCUGUAUGCGGAUGACAUUUUGGUGUUUUGUAAGGCCUCGGUUCGUAAUGCUGAGACGAUUAAGCACAUUUUGGAUUUUUAUGGAUCCUUAUCUGGUCAAAUUUGCAGCGUUCAAAAAUCUUAUAUUUAUUACUCGAACAAGGUCCCCACUUCCCUUCGGCAUGCAAUCGGGCGUGUCAUUGGCUUCAAGACGGGCACCCUUCCUUUCAUUUAUCUUGGUGUGCCGCUUUUUGUGGGCAGGAUCCGUGCCUCCUACUUGAGAAGUAUUCAUGAUCGUAUUAUUAAUAAAUUUUCGAGUUGGCGGGGACGGCAUCUUUCUAUGGCGGGAAGGAUUUGCCUUGUCAAAUCUGUUAUCCAUAGUUCUCUCACACAUUCCAUGAUGGUCUACAGAUGGCCUAAAUCUCUCAUCAAAGAGUUGGAUGGUUGUUGUCGUAACUUUAUCUGGACUGGUGAUACUAAGAAAACGCCUUCAUGUUCGGUUGCUUGGAAUAGGGUGUGUGCUAUUAAGGAAGAGGGAGGGCUUGGCAUCCGUUCGUUUUCCUUGAUGAACAAAUGCUUUCUCAUGAAACGGGCCUGGCAGAUCAUUGGGGGAAGAGAUUUUGGAAUGGACAUCAUGAGGAAACGUUAUCUCACAAAGUUUGGGCAGAUGAAGCUUACUACUGCACCCUCCUCGGUUUGGAUGGGUCUGCGUCAGGAGAUUUCACCUCUUAUUAAUGAGUCUUAUUGUUGUCUUGGAAGCGGGAAAGAUACUAACUUCUGGACUGACGAUUGGGUUGGUUAUCAGAUUGCUCGUAAAUGUGAUGUGCCACAUUAUAUUAUGGAUUUUCUGACUCAUUCAGUGGCGGAUUACUUUUAUGACGGAAUUUGGCAUUUCACAAGUAGUUUUGUUGAGAACUUCCCGGAUGUGGUUUGUGAUAUUCUGUUAAUUCCUAUUGGUGAUAAUGAUGAUAUUAGGUUGUGGAAACCGUCUCUCCAUGGUACGGUCACAGCUGCUCUGGCCUAUGCUCACCACUGUCAUCGUUAUCCUAAGGUGCGAUGGGGUUCUUGGAUUUGGGAGAACUUUAUUCCCACUCGGCGCUCGUUGGUUGUUUGGCGUGUGCUACAUGACAGGCUCCCAACUUUUGAUAGACUCAUUAAACAGGGCAUGAUCACACCAAAUUUUUGUCCUUUUUGUUUCGCUGAAGAGGAGUCAAUUUCUCAUAUCUUCUGGUCUUGCGCUCGGGUUCAGCCUAUUUGGCAGGAGUUGCUCCAUUGGUUUGACAUGACUCAGAUUUUGCAUGCUCAGGAUAUUGGCUCUGUCUUAGUGGAAGCUUGGAAUAGCACCUUCAGCUCGCAGCUGGAAACUUAUUGGAAAGCUGGGAUCAUUACCCUCAUUUGGUUCCUCUGGAGACAAAGAAACCUUUGUAUCUUUGAAGACGCGAGUUGGAACUACAAGCAAGCGGUUCAAUUCGUUAGAGUGUCUUUUCUUGAAAUUGAGCAGAACUUCACUAAAAUCGGGCACAUGAAUAACUCAUGGGCCGAUCUUAGCAUUUUGAGAAACAUUGGGAUUAAAGGACGUGCGGCGCCGCCGCCGGAAUUUAUUAACGUCUAUUGGUGGCCGCCGUCAGGUGAUUGGAUUAAGGUUAAUACUGACGGCUCGGCGCUUGGAGCACCGGGAAAGAUUGCUGCGGGUGGCGUGUUCCGGGAUAAAUUCAGUUGGGUUCGAGGCUGUUUUCACAUUAAGGGAGGGAUUGGAUAUGCUUUUGAGGCCGAACUGUUAGCGGUUAUUACCGCCAUCCGUCUGGCUCAUGACCGUAACUGGCACCAUCUCUGGAUUGAGUCGGACUCCAAAUAUAUUGUACAGCUCCUGCAAUCGCGCUCGAUGUCUGUUCCUUGGAGAUUUUUGGGAGCCUGGAGAAAGGUUCUUUCGAUCUUGAAUAAUUUCCAGCUUCAUAUUACACAUAUUUAUAGAGAAGGAAAUAAGGUCGCGGAUAUCCUUGCUGCGCCUAUCAUGGAGGAAGGAUGGUGGUUGACGGAAAUUGAUGCUAUUAAACUUGCGUUGGCGGGGGAGGUUUUUGCUGGGGUUGGCGGGUUUUGCUGGCUUGUGCUUGGUAAUUUUAAGCGUUUUGAUACAGCCUUGGGACAUCAAUGCAAGUGUGAGUUGGACUCUUUCAGCGACGGCGACAAUCCGGCUGAAAAGAACUCCUCUUUUUGGUGGCGGUUGGUACGGUUUUUUGAUCGAACAGUUGGCGGGGGUGAGUUUGGUUUGGAUUUGUUCCAAGUGGAGGUUGUUUUCUUCCUCCCAGCUGAGAUGAACUCUCUUUGCGGUGCUUUUCUUGACCACAUGGGACAUUGCUACAUGAGUGAGUGCGACUAUUUCAGCGACGGCGACAUUCCGGCUGAGAUUUGCUCCCUUACUUAUGGCGAUGGGUCAGUAAUUUCUUCAAACACUUGGCGGAGUUUUGCUACUUUGGGUUUUGGCUUGAUGGUUGCCGGAGGCGGCUGUGAUGAGUUUUACUCACGAAUUGGUCGGGUGGUUUUUGGUAAGCUUUGGUCUGAUUUUGAGGUGGGGGAGCUCAGCGACGGCGUAUUACCGGCUGGGACUUUCACACCUCGGGUCUUCAGAAUUUUUUCGUGGCUGUUGUGGGUCUUGGGGAACCUUGACGGCAACAGCAAACAGAUGGUUUUUUGGGAUGCACCUGUUAGAGUUCUUUAUCUUGGGGAGGAUAGGACUUCAGCGACGGCGUCUCACCGGCUGCCUGGCCUAUCUUCCCUUGAUGAACGGUGGCUUAAGGAGGGACUCGGCGACGGCGUCUUACCGGCCGGGGUUACUUCUAUGCCUACCAUCGGCAAUGAUUGCCGGGAUUAUCUAGGAGCGAUGGUUCGGCCGGAGUUUCUGAGAUUCUCCCAAUUCAGCUUCUAA